AUGUCUGACUUUACCAUGAGUAAUCCUCCCGAACAUCAAUUUCCAAGCCAUCAUCCUACUUCAAUGGUUUCACCUACUCUUCCCAGUGCAAACGCUUAUAAUCCGCGUCAACCUCCCCGGUCGCCUGUCGAGAACUUCUAUCACACAUCUAAUAAUCCAAGCUCAAUGCAAUACCCUGUUCAAGACGACCUGUUUGGCACUCGAUUGUCGAUUUCCGGCGGUUCGGGAAUACCUCCUCCUCCACUCCCAUCUGGUUUGGGUCAUUAUUCUACCACAAAUACCGGUGGUUAUCAGAUGCAGUCGUCUUCGUCAUCUUCGUCGUCGAACCAUGGAAGCUUCUCCGGUCCCAGUUAUAUGACAUCCAGUGGAGGCACAGGGUCAAAUCAGAUGAACUCCAACAGCAAUAUAAAUUCUGCUGCCGCUGCUGCUGCAAGAUCUCGCCGUAGACGCAGCUCGGCCGAUCAGUCGCAGUUGCAACAGCAACAUCACCACCACCAUCGAACCACGUCCAAUGGUACUGUGUACGAAUUUGUCUCACUUCCUGCCUCGCAGAACAAUAAACGACCUCGACGAAAGUACGAGGAAAUUGAGCGCAUCUACAAUUGCAGCUAUCCCUCGUGCACAAAAGCUUAUGGUACUUUGAACCAUCUGAAUGCUCAUGUUACUAUGCAGCGUCAUGGCAACAAGCGGACGCCUGAUGAGUUCAGAGAAACCCGUCGUCUGUGGAAAUUGCGUAAGAAGGAACGUCAAAUUAUGAACCCUGGUAAGACAUCUUCAGGUCCUCAACUUCCACAACAACACCAGCACCAGCAACCACAACAACAGCAGCAACAGCCACAACAGCUGCCUCAUCAAACUCACGGUUCUUAUUCGACUGGACCUCCAGUUUCUGGUGCCGCCACCCUCUCACGACCCCCUCCUUCCGGUACUUUAUUGCCUCCAUUAGGCCCACCAAGUCCUAUUUCCAUGCACUCGACGUCUCCUACUUCGAGCUAUUUCUCCCGUCCUCCUAAUGCUGGCGCUGGUGUCGGUCCUCUGCCACCUACUCCACUAAAUAUGUCCAUGUCAUCGUCUAUCUACGGUUCUGAUCUCAACCAUAUCAAGUACAUGAACCAGAUGAACAGCGGCGCUCCUCACAUGCCAUAUACCCAUCAACCCCCCUCGAACUACGAGUCCUCACAAUACUACCGCGAAGAAAUGUCGUAA